AUGAGCUAUAUGAACAGGCUCAAAACUGCGUCAUUCGACGAUCCUACAGCUAAGUUGUCGCAGGAACGGCAUGAUAGACUACAAAACCCACCUGCAGAGCCUGAGGCCAUUGACAACCCUGGCGUCAAGAUGGGGAUCAUGACCUAUCUCGGGGCCGAGCACUCGUCUCAGGAAACCUACAAAGCUGUUAGAAAAGGUGUCGAAACAUGCUACCCCGAUGCUAGCCCUAUGCCGACGUUCAAACACACUGAGUCUAUUAUCGAGGAAUAUACAGGCGUCUCCCCGAUCAAAUACAACAUGUGCUGGGGAUCCUGUGUCACGUUUACUGGGGACUUGGAGCAUGCGGACGCUUGCCCCGAGUGUCACAAGUCCAGAUAUGACCCUUUUCUAUUCGAAACCACGGGAGAAAAAAGAGCACGUAUGUUCAAGAUUAAUCCUCCAGAGUAUAUGAUCCAGGCACUGUUCAGGAAUAAAGAAAGCCCCAAGAACCUUUGA